CUAAUGGGUCCGUAUGGGGUAGAUCGUGCCGUUCAUGAAAUAGAAUUUACUGACUGUGAGAAUGGACUGGGGAUCAAAGUCAUUGGAGGAGUGAAGGAGUUAACGGGAGAAGAGUUUGGAGUCUACGUCAAAAGGAUUUUACCUGGUGGCCUUGCUUCAAGUGAUGGACACCUCCAGGCAGGAGACCAGAUCUUGGAGGUGAACGGGGAGAGUUUGCUAGGGGUCACCAGUGAAAGAGCAGUAGACGUUCUGAGAUCAGCGUCCUCGAGCAAUCACAUGCGCCUUCUGAUCGCCAGAGACGAGGAAGCAAGGAGAGAGUUUUCAGAGCUUUUGGAGAAGUAUGGGUCCAGCAGUAGUACUGGGUCGACACGCAACUCUCCCAUCCAGCAUGGUAGGACCUCCCACCUCCCUGUUUGUCCAAAUGCAGGCAGAUACCUGGACAGCACAUCGUCCGGGUCCUCGUCACGCUCCCAAAGUCCUUUGCUUUUGAGUCCUGCUGGCUCUCAGAGCACCUACAACAACCCUCUACUUCGCUCCCUCAGUCACCCAGGAGAGGGUGUGAUCCAGCUGAUCUCUGUAGCCCGCUCCUCUAGUCUGGGCAUCACCAUCGGAGGAGGCUCCAAUCGACCAGACGGCCCUGCAGUCUUCAUACAGGAGGUUCUGUCUGGGGGAGACUGCCACAGGGAUGGGCGCCUGAGGCCGGGGGAUCAGCUCAUUGCCAUCAACAAGGAGUCCUUGAUAGGCGGGACCCACGAGGAGGCUAAGAGCAUGAUCAACAAGGUCAAAUUCAGUCAAGAGGCGGUGGUGGAGGUCGCUUUCAUCCCUGGUAAAGGUCCAUUCCCCAACAGCACGUCUCUACACAACGGUGGCCAGCGCGCCGUUGGCAACGGGUACAGCUCCGGACGCUUAAAAGUCCACGUCAGAUCACCAGAGAUCCGUACGGAGGAACCCGCCCCAGUGCCUUCUCCCUCCCCUGACAUCUGCCCUCCAGACAUACACAUUUCAGGCUCGGCCCCCACCCAGAGAGCGGUGUUGUCUGCAGCCAAACCCAAGAUCACCCUGGACCCUCACAUACGCCUCAAGUCAGACAAACUAGACCUGGCGUUGACGUACCUGGGUCUGGACGUGACAGAGGAGAAGAGAAGGAAGCUGAGACAAAGUCUGACCACUGACCCACAGGGAACCGUGUCCUACGGAGACUUCGUUGAGGCCACACGCAACGUCUACCAAGAGAAGCUGGAGGAGGCGGGACUAGGGCAGAAAGAGUUCAUGUUCUCCUAUCACGAAGCAGCUAGCUUGAUGGACACCUCCGCCUUUCACUCCCCGACCUUUGAAUCAGAAUGCUCCUACAGUAGUGAAGAACUGGAACACUUUCAGACGGAGGUGAAACAGCUGCAGAACCAGAUUAAACAACUCAAGUCAAGUCACAGUCAACCUGCUGGUUUUCCUACACUACCCCAGGUCUCCCUGAAGGAGACAGAGCACAGCAAGACGACCCUGGAGGAGGAGCUACACAGCACCUCAGAUAAAGCGUGUGCGACGAUGGAGGAGAACAGUCGUCUGAAGACUCGUCUGCAGAGCGAGAGACAUAGUAACAGUGCAGAGCAGGACUAUGAAGAGGUCAUUACACUGCUGGAGGCUGAGAUCAAAGACCUGAAGAACCAACUGGCGGGCAGGAAACAGAAGGGUCUGGAGGCUACUAAGGAGGAUGUGAUGGAGUUAAACAGGAAGUUGUCGAUGAUUGACUGUCAGCUGAGGAAGUCUGAGCUGAGCAGAAGACACCUGGAGAUCUCCAACAAAAAACUACUGGGCUUUGCACAGAAUGUUCACAAAGUGUUCACCUCCCCCAGCUUGUUUGGAAUGGAACAUGGGAGUAACAGGACCUCUCCAGCCACAGACAGUCCAGAUACCCCCUCUCCCAUACCAGACCCAGCCUGCCAACUAGCUGCAGAGGCCAGGGAGCUGGUGGAGGGGGUCAGAACCCUGAGCAGCACCGAUGAUACAGCCCCUCCCAGUGACUCAGAGGGGGGUGAACCACCUGACCCAGCCAUGGACCCUAACUGGGCCGCAGACCCUCACAGCUCGCCGGCUCAGACGUCUCCUACAGGAGUUCCAGCCAAAGACAAGCGCUACCAGUAGAGAAUGUUCAGAGAACGUCAUAGAGAGCGUUUUUAGAGAACGUUGCAAGGACGUCAAAAGAACGACGUGGCUGAGCACUGGGCUCAGGAGAACACUGUGCUUGGCUGACUACCUUUACCUAAAAACUACCAACAACCCUUUAAAAGACAGACAGACAGAGAGACAGACAAAUUGAGAGAGACAACCAGUGAAACUGUAUGUAGGAUGCUAUCCAGUGUGCGUUUAAAAAAAUACUUAGAACUCUUUAAAAAUAAACUACAGUCGUUAGUUGAGGCUUCAGUCAGUGUUCUGGGAUUGCUUUACCGAUUAACCGCAAAAUGUACUAGUUUUUCUGUUUUCUAAUACAGCUGUAUGUGUACUUACAUUUCUGUGUUGAUAUUUUGCAUUUGUCAGAAUGUGAACGAAGGGGAGAUUCUCAACUGGGAGUGACUGGGAAGGAUAGCAGGUUUUGAGGUGAAAUGGCAGAGACUUGUAGAUGCAGUUCAGUUUUGUCCAAAGAGCUUGCCGUAGUCGAUAAGACAGCACUGCAAAGCCAAGGUGCUACCGUUGGGUUUGUAGAUGUACAGACGUACAGCAUGAGCUAUGAUGACGAUGCACUGAACCUUUCCAUCCCUGUGUUCCAAUACUCUAUAAAAGCUUCCUUCUCUCAUCUCCUAUUUCCUUGUAUCCUAUUUCCUUGUAUCCUUCCUGACCACUGAAAUCUGAAGAGACUGGAUAGUUACAUUCAAUAUGCUGGUAUGGCAUUGACUGCUUGUCAAAUUGGUUCCAUCCAUUUAUUUUUGGAUCAGUGGUCCUUAAGGAUACGAAGAGAGAAGAAGACGUUAGUGUUCAUUAUCUUUCAGAGAUCAGAAAUGUGUAUUUUUGCUCACAUUCCAGAGGUGAGGAGAGGAAGCCAGGCUAGGGUAUUGGAACCUGGGCCUAGCUGUCUCUAUAGCCACAGCUGUGAGGAGAGGAAGCCAGGCUAGGGUAUUGGAACCUAGCCCUAACAGUCUCUAUAGCCACAGCUGUGAGGAGAGGAAGCCAGGCUAGGGUAUUGGAACCUAGCCCUAACAGUCUCUAUAGCCACAGCUGUGAGGAGAGGAAGCCAGGCUAGGGUAUUGGAACCUAGCCCUAACAGUCUAUAGCCACAGCUGUGAGGAGAGGAAGCCAGGCUAGGGUAUUGGAACCUAGCCCUAGCUGUCUCUACAGCUGUAUCGCCAUGGGUACAGUAAGUACUCUGUAUGUGUAUACUUCAGAGAGAGAGGAUAACAUGGACGAUGUGCCCUGAUCCAAAGCGUCUCAUCCUGAUGACAUCGUGUCACCAUGAUGAUGACCCUGUGUACAGAGACUGCUUGUCCCUAUACUGAAGUGCUCUGACGAACUGUCUGUCGUUUUGAAGAUGAUUUUGGACUGGAGAUGGAUACCGAAGAAGAGGAAGAAGCUUUAGGACCUGCACGAGCAAUCAUGGCGACGCCGAGAUGUCUGCCUUUGCUGUUAUUAUAAAACCUUGUAAAUCUUGUCCUUCUCCACGUCUUCUGACUGACACACACACACACACACACACACACACACAGACACACACACACACACACACACACACACACA